AUGAGUUUGGCUUGUCUUGUAUGCCAUGGUGUAGAAAGUCCAUCACAUUCCUUCAGAAGUUACUCGGUAUCAAGUUCAGACAAUGAGGGACGAUGUUCUGUGAUCGCCAAUUGCUUGAAUAGGAAGACUUCCUUUCCACCUCCUCGAGCCAAUCCUCGGAUUACACCAUCCAAAGUGAUGCCCCUACCCUCCGUCCCUAGUAGUGCAGUUGCAGGAGCCCCACGUCUAGUUCGAAGCCGUGCUGUUAGACGGGACCUUGUGACAGACUGGAACUUUGAUGAAGUUAUGUUGGAGCGCUAG